AUGGGCAUUGAGUUUAACAACCUCCGCGAGCGUCUCGAGCAAGCACUCCAGGAGAACUGGCGGCGGCUAACCUCGACCCGCUCCGAGACAUCCAGAAGCCGACCUAGACACAGCUCCUUCAGCCAAGAGAAUCCGCGUCAGAGGAGGUCGAGCGCACACUCACUCGGCUACGAGAGGCCGGACAACAUCGCCACUAUCCAUAGAGCGCACUCCCUCAGCAAAAUGGCCACGUUGUCCCUAAAAAUCUCUCUGGAAGGCGGCAAAGUCGUAAAGACCAUUCAGUUCGACCCCUCGACCACCGUGUACGACGCGUGCCGCAUCAUAAGGGAGAAGAUCCUGGAGGCGAGCGCUAGCGACCCGAAAGAAUACGGUCUGUUUCUGGCAUCUGAAGAAGACAACAAGAAGGGCAUUUGGCUGGAGGCGUCGAGGAGUCUCGACUACUACAUGUUGCGCAAUGGUGACCUUCUCGAAUACAACAAGAAGACGCGCAACUUACGUGUCAGGAUGCUUGACGGUACUGUGAAAACACUUUUGGUGGACGACAGUCAAAUCGUGGCAAACCUAAUGGUGGUGAUAUGCACCAAGAUCGGUAUCACCAAUUAUGACGAGUACGGACUGGUCCGCGAAGAGCAGAAAGAAGAAGUGGACCCAUGCGAGAAACCAAACUAUGGUACGCUCACGUUGAAAAGAAAGCACCAGGAGAAGGAACGCGAUGCCAAGAUGGAGCAGCUGAGGAAGAAGUUGAGAACUGAUGAUGAAGUGAACUGGGUGGAGCCCUCGAAGACCCUGAGGGAGCAGGGAGUGGAGGCGUCGGAGACUCUACUGCUGCGGCGGAAGCUGUUCUACUCGGACCGCAACGUGGACUCGCGCGACCCCGUGCAGCUGAAUCUGCUCUACGUGCAAGCGCGGGACGCCAUACUGGCCGGCACCCACCCCAUCACGCAGGACAAAGCGUGCGAGUUUGCCGGAAUUCAGUGUCAAAUUCAAUUUGGGGAUCACAAGGAGGAUAAACACACGUCAGGCUUUCUGGACCUCAAAGAGUUUCUGCCUGCGUCGUACGUGAAGGUGAAGGGAAUCGAGAAGAAGAUCUUUAAGGAGCACCGCAAACACGCCGGCCUAAGCGAGCUGGACGCCAAGGUGCUGUACACCAAGAGCGCCAGAGAUCUGAAGACCUACGGUGUCGCCUUCUUCCUGGUCAAGGAGAAAAUGAAGGGCAAGAACAAACUGGUGCCUAGGCUGCUCGGUGUGACGAAGGACUCCGUGCUCCGUCUCGACGAGAAGACCAAAGAGAUCCUUCAGACUUGGCCUCUCACCACCGUUCGACGCUGGUGCGCCAGCCCCAACACUUUCACCCUGGACUUUGGCGAUUACAGCGACCAAUAUUACUCUGUGCAAACAACGGAGGCCGAGCAGAUACUGCAGGUGAUCGCCGGCUACAUCGACAUCAUCGUGAGGAAACAACGCGCCAAGGACCACUUAGGCAUCGAGGGCGACGAGGGCUCCGCCAUGCUGGAGGACUCCGUCUCUCCCUCUAAGGCGAACAUCAUCCAACACGACACAUUCAAGUCGGGCAAAGUGAACACGGAGUCCGUCGCAAAGCCAGCCGUGCUCAGACCGGGUGCCGAAGGAGCCAAGCCGUUCGCCGUGGGCCACCUCACCGGCGCCCAGCAGACGACGGUCUCCGGCCAGAUCAUCACCGGCCACACCCCGCCCACGGCGUCUCAAGUGCAGCAGACUCGCGUGACAUCCAUAUUGUCGGAGCCACAGCGCGCUUUGCUCUCAACUAUUACCGGUGGGCGGGAGAUCAUACGGCAGACCGAGGAGAGCCUGAGCAGGGCCGCACUUCCCGCUCUCGGUCAUGACGCAGCAUCCGUCAAAUGGAAGCAAGUAACGAUGGACACCAGCAAACAAGUGGUGACCUCCCAAAUCGCCGCCAUGAACGCCGCCACCGCGCAAGUGGUUACCCUAACUUCCGGACCAACAGAGGAAGUUGACCACACAGCUGUCGGCGCCGCGAUAACAACUAUCACCACCAAUCUUCCUGAAAUGACAAAAGGGGUACAAACGAUUGCCGCACUUAUGGACGAUACCGAUGAUGGGGACAAGCUGCUGGAUGCUACUAGAAAAUUGUGCAGUGCCUUUAGUGAUCUACUAAAGGCUGCUGAGCCGGAGACUAAAGAGCCCCGUCAGAAUCUUCUCAAUGCUGCUUCCCGAGUUGGCGAAGCGUCCACCUCCGUCCUCCACACCAUCGGCGAAGAGACCGAAGAGGACAAGGAGACCCAGGUAACUAUCGUUAACACGAACAGCACACAGAAAAGUAAAAACAACAAAAAGUCAUUUCUGUACAGGAAACUUAACUACUGCGUUGAUAAUUUUUACAAGGCUUUCUUUGGGAACAAGAGCAAGCAGGAUUACGGUUCGGACUUCGAGACCAUAAUAAUAGACGACGAAAGUUGCAACCUACCUAAACAAACAGAGGACGAGGGUAUUUACGAGGAUAUUGACACAAGUAACACAUGGGGUAGGAUGCUAGACGUCAUACAAGAGGAAUCCGACAGCGACUACUACAGAAGCUUGGAAUAUUGCAAUACACACUUCAAACCCGGUCGCCCAGUAACACUAAACGAAAUCAAUCAUACUAAAACGCAGUCUGCGUCCGCGGCAGGCAAUAACGGCGAUUACGAGGCGAUAUUACAAAAUUGCAAGGGCUAUUUAGACGACAAAAACGAGCCGAGCUUAAGACUACCCCCAAAGACCACGUCGGAGAAGAUAUACGAUUUGAAAAAGGACUUCUCCGAUCACGACUACGCUAACAUUAACUUUACCCGGGAAAAAACUGAACAUGACUACGCCAAUAUCGACAUAGACAGGCGUACCAAGAAUCAAAUACUGCGCGAACGCUUCUUCCUCUCCGAGAACAAUGAUAAAAACGACAUAAACGACAAAUUCAACAGAUACAACAGCCACAAACGCGUCGAAUCCCAAAACAUAAGAAACGACUCGGCAAAAUCGGGUUCAGAAUUCAACCUGACGGAUUCAUUUCAUACGAAAAUUCUUAACAUAGACAAAUACAAUCGCACUCUGACUACCAAAGAGACAUUUAAACAGACGGUGGAAGCGAGUUUCUCUAAGAAGGAACUGAAUCUCAAAGGCAAAGAUGAUCUGGAGACGUUCAUAAAGCGCAGCGAGAAGUACUAUACAAGCGAAACGCGAGAUAGAACCACGACAGUAGAGUUGAACAAUGCGAAAACGCCACCGAAAGGAAAGACCGAAAUAAGAAUAUUCUACAAUCCCACCUUCGCUGGUAGCGAGACGGACCUAGCCAGUAGCCAAUGCCAGUUCUGUAAACGGCGUUGUCCCAGAACUGAAGAGAAGUGUUGCCCAGAUUGCGUCUGUUUGGAAAUCGAGUUCGGCAGGGACAUCCUUCUGUCUCUGGCUAAGGCGGUGGCCAACACGACAGCGGCGUUGGUCUUGAAGGCGAAGAACGUAGCUGCUCAAUGCAAAGACGAUCAGACGCUCCAGAACAACAUAAUCGCUGCGGCCACACACUGCGCCCUCGCCACCAGUCAACUGGUCGCUUGUGCUAAGGUGGUGGCGCCGACGCUGCACAAUCCGGCGUGCCGGGAACAGCUGACUAGUGCCGCCCGCCAAGUUGGCACUGCGGUUGAGCGAUUGGUGGAUGCAAGUCGGCAGGCCCCCGAGGCGGCAGGGCCCGGGGUGGAACAGCUGGCCGCCGCCGCCCAGAGGGUCUCCGAGGAGCUGGAGAGACUACUGGCACAUUGUCACUUGGAGCGUCGCAGCGUGCAGCCCACCGUGAUGGAGCGCAGCGUGGAGAGCGUGGUGGCGGCCAGCGAGCGCGUGACCGACGCUCACGACGCGCCCGAGAUGGUCCGGCGCGCGCGCCUCCUCGGCCAGGCCACGGCGCGCCUCAUCGCCGACAUCAAGACCGAGGCGGAGACCCAGUCUUCGGACUCUCAACGAAAACUCUUGGCGGCUGCGAAACUUCUGGCGGACGCUACCGCGCGUAUGGUCGAAGCGGCCAGACUCUGCGCCUCUUCUCCCCAGGAUCGAGAUAAGCAAGAAGCGCUAAGGCGUGCGGCUGAGGAGGUGCGCUAUAUUACAGUCGACUAUGCUGAGGGACAGGACAUCGUGGGCUCCCAAGUUGCUCGUCUGCAGGAAAGCGCAAGGCAAGCUGCAUCGAAUGCUACCCAACUGAUCACCUCCGCACACAACGCUACUCAGCACAAUACGAACAAAUACUCUCAGGAGUCGCUGUUGCAAGAGUGCCGCGCGCUGAACGAGCAAAUCCCGCGCGUGGUCGACGCGGCCAAGACCUCAGCGGCCAGGCCCGGCGAGGCGGCCGCCCAGCUCGACCUCAUUUCUGCCUCUGAAACCUUCCUGCAGCCGAGCGGGCACGUGAUCCAAGCGGCCAGAAGCGUCUUGCCCACGGUCAACGACGCGCCGACCGCCAAGCAACUUGCCGACACCACCCACCAAUUCACCACCAGCUGUGCUGACCUCAGGUCGGCGGUGAACCGCGCUCGUAUCUCUUGCAAGGGACUGGAGCUUGACGCUGCAGCCGAGAUCAUUCGCAGUCUGCAGACCGAACUUGACGAGAUGGAGGAAGCUGCAAGGGCAUUCGAUCUCAAACCAUUGCCAGGACAGACGAGCGAGUGGGCGUCGUCGCGGCUGCAGGGGGCGUCGCGCGCGGCGGCCGCGGCCACGGCGGCGCUGGCGGGCGCGGCGCGCGUGCGCGAGCCGGCCGGCUGCGGCCGCGCCGCCGCCGAGCUGGCCGCCGCGCUGCGCGACUACGCGCCGCCGCUGCGCGCCGCCGCCGCCACCGCGCACCGCGACACCGCCAAGCAGAUGCGUGUGAUCUCCUCGGGUCGCCAAGUCCUGCAUUCCUCUCUGACUCUGGUUGAGACGGUGAAGCAGUACAUGAACACUUCGGAUGACGUUGACACCGCUUCCAUAGUGGCCAUUGCAAAAGAUAUUUCACAGAACUUGGAACAAACGAUGGAGGCGGUACCCUCGCAUGCAGAACUCGACAUGGCUAUGGAGAACAUCAAUGAAACUCUCAAUAUCCUGAACAUGGGAGAAUUCCCACCAUCCGAUAAGAGCUACGGCGAGCUGCAAACGGAGCUGAACGCGGCGGCGGUGGGCCUCAGCACCGCGUCCUCGGACGUGGUGCAGGCGGUGGAGCAGCCGGAGGCGCUGGCGGACAGCGGCCGCCACUUCGGCCAGGCCUUCAACCGCCUCCUGGGCGUCUCCAUGGAGAUGGCCGGCCAGACCGAGGAUCGUGAGGCUCAAGCGACUAUGGUUAGCUCCAUGAAGACCGUCACUGUGAACUCGUCUAAACUGCUCGGAACCGCGAAAUCCGUUAGUCAAGAUUUGACGCGCCCCAACGCGAAGAACCAACUGGCAGCAGCGGCUAGGGCUGUCACAGAGAGCAUUAACCGUCUUGUGGACGUGUGCACGGAGGCGGCGCCGGGCCAGAAGGAGUGCGCAGCCGCCAUCCGCAGUAUCGACAGCACGCGGCCGCUGCUCAACGCGCCCACGCAGCCGCUCAACGAGCUCGGCUACUUCGCCUGCCUCGACUGCGUCGUCGACCAGAGCAAGGGGCUCAGCGAGGGCAUGUCGGGAAUGGCGGGCGCCGUGAAGCGUGGGGAAACGGAGCAGUUUGCUCGAUCCGUUGGCGCGGUCGCCGCCUCAGUGCAGGGGCUCGUCGAGUGCACCGCGCAGGCCGCUUAUCUGGUGGCCGUUUCGGACGAAACCAGUGUGGCCGGUAGACCGGGGCUGGUGGAUCAGGCGCAGUUCGCACGCGCCGCCCUCGCCAUCGACCAGGCCUGCAAAACGCUGUGCGACAAGGACAGCAAUCAACAGCAGGUGCUGUCCGCGGCCACGGUGAUCGCGAAGCACACUAGCGCGCUGUGCAACGCGUGCCGCGUGGCGUCCGGCCGCUCGGCCGAGCCGCAGAGCAAGCGCCACUUCGUGCAGGCCGCCAAGGACGUGGCCAACUCCACGGCCGCGCUCGUCAAGGAGAUCAAGGCGCUCGACGCGGACUACAGCGAGGUGAACCGCGCCCGCUGCGCCUCCGCCACUGGGCCCCUGUUGGACGCGGUCCGCAGCCUUUGCCAGUUCGCGGACAGUCCGGAGUUCGCGGCCGUGCCCGCGCGCAUCUCACCGCAGGCCCGCACCAGCCAAGAGGCCAUACUUGCGUGUGGCAGGAACAUAAUCUCGGGCUCGUGCUCCAUGCUGGAGGCCGCGCGCGCCCUUGCCCUCUCGCCCCAAGAGAGGUCGCAGUGGCAGGCGCUCGCCGCUCACAGCAAGACCGUCUCGGACAGCAUCAAAUCGCUGGUCACCAACAUACGCGAAAAGGCGCCUGGUCAACGCGAGUGCGCCGCCGCCCUCGAGACCCUGAACAAGCAGCUGCGCGAACUGGACCAGGUGGCCAUCCAAGCGGUCGGCCAGGAGUUGCAGCCGCGCCAGGCCAACACGCUUCAAGGUUACUCAGAGCAGAUAGAGAAUGCAGCUGCCGAAAUGCUGGAGAGGCUAGAGCCUCUGCGCGUGGCUGCGAAGAGCGAGGCUGAGAACUUGGGCCACGCGGUAGUUCAGCUUGUGUCGUACGCGGAGCCGCUGGUGUGCGCGUCGGCGGGCGCCGCUUCCAACACGACGGAGUCGCGCGCGCAGGCCGCUCUGCUGCAGCACGCGCGCACCGUGUUGGAGACGCUGGCGCUGCUCGUGCACUCCGCCAAGCUGGCGGCCGGCAACCCGAGGGCGGUGAACGCUGCGGGCGAGGUGGAGGCGCAGUGCUCGCUGGCGCGCGCCGCCCUCGGCGAGCUGAGCGCGCACGUGCGCGAGCUGAGCUCGCAGCGGGGCGCCGUGGGGCCGCUGCUCGACUCGCUCGCGCGCGCGGUCGCCCGCCUCACCGAGCACAGUCGGAACGCAGACGUCGGCGUCUCAUAUCAUCCGCCGUGCAUCGCUUUCGUAAUUCGGGCGAUGAUGAAAAACCUGAUGUCGCUGAUAGGGUCCUUCGACGAGACCGACUCGUUCGUGGACUACCAGACGAGGAUGGUUGGCGCGGCUAAGGACAUCGCCCGCCUCGCCACUGACAUGACCGCGAAAUCGGCCACCGAGCCCAGCCGCCUGGUGGAGGUGGGCAACGAGAUGUGUGGCAAAUACGAGCAGCUAGCCGGCGACAGCGUCGGCGCCUCCGCCACAACUCCCAACGCAGACGUCGCCAACAGAAUCCGCAUGGCGGCAGUGGAGUUGGGCGAGGCGGUGUCUGAACUGGUGAAGGCCGGGGGCCAUUGUCGCCUUUCCGCCAUCGCGCAGAACCAACGCGCGGUGGCAGAUGCCGCGAGGCGUGUAAACGAGAAGGUAGUAGGCGUCCUCAGCGCCCUGCAAGCCGGCUCACGCGGCACGCAGGCGUGUAUCGACGCUGCUGCAACAAUUGCCACCAUCAUUGGCGACCUGGACACCACCAUACUCUUCGCCAGCGCUGGAACAUUGCACUCCGAUAAAGAAGGCGACACGUUCUCCAACCAUCGCGAGAAUAUUCUGAAGACGGCGAAAACUCUGGUGGAGGACACGAAGACCUUGGUGGGCGGAGCGGCCGGCACCCAGGAGCAGCUAGCAUCCGCCGCGCAGAGCGCUGUCAGCACCAUAGUGCAACUGUGCGAGGUGGUGAAGCAGGGCGCCAUGUCGUUGGGCGCGGGAAGCGCCGAGCCGCAGGUGCUCGUGCUGAACGCGGCCCGGGACGCGGCCGCCGCGCUCCGCGACCUGGCCGCCGCCACGGCCGCCGCCAGCGGCAAGCACGUCGCCCACCCGGACAUGCAGCGGCUGAAGCACGCGGCCAAGGUACGUCCCGCGCCACAGAUGUUUAAGCUCGCGGCACGCGUCUCGUAUCAUUUGACGUUCGUCCCUGUCUGCCCCGACCGCGUGGACGGAGACAGC